AUGGUAUAUUUGCUUCAGUCAGGGGACGCGGAGUAUGUGGACGAAGACAGGAAGAUGAAAUUCAUUUCCGUUCGAGGCGACCCCGACUUGGAAGUGCUCUGUUUGCCAAAUCUUUGGGCAGAGUGGGUGCACACUGGGCGCUUGACUGUCACCUCCGGCAUGUGCCACUACGCUGGUAUUGACUGCAAGCAGUUCUGCACGUUGGCUACGCACUUCGGUGGCCGCCUCUGCGAGUAUCUGAAGGCUGAGCUUCUUUGA